GCGGCGUCUCACCUUUAUAUAGGCGCGCAGCCCACACCCCGACCUCCCAAACACAGCAAGCAAGCAACAUAUCCUGGUUAGAACCGAGUCUCAGGGAAGAAACUUGGUGAAUUUUCGCGGGUGUCGUGUGAUCAAAGCUCGGGAGUCGGAAUGGAGUUCGAGAUGGCGAGCCAGCACGGGGCGCUGCUGAAGGUGGGGCUGUUCGUGCUGGUGCAGGCGCUGGUGUACCUCAUCCUCGCCCAGUCCUCCUCCGUCUUCUCCACCACCAAGACCCUCGGCCUCCCGCCGGCGCGCUCCCUCAGCGCCCGCCGCAUGGUCGCACUGCUCUCCGACCUGCCGCUCGGCGGCGAACCCUCGCCCCGCGCCGUCUCCGUGGAGCCGUCGUCGCCCGUGCCCGUGCACGCCCACCAGAAGAAGGAUUAGUUGACAGAGCUGGGAGGUGGCUACUGUCUAGCGAGCGAGCGUAUGCACGUUGUUGGUUCCGUGCCAAUGGUUGGUGCCUGCCGUGGGAGUUUGCUAGCUAUUCACGCCAUUCUUUGGUGGUUCAUUGAUUGGUCGGUUUGUUCUUUGAGAUUGCAUAUAUGUAAACUGCACGCCGUUUUGGAUUGUACAAAUGACCGUCUAAGAUUGUGCUUCGGUUACAGUGCAGUCGUGCUUCUGUUUUGAGUGGA